CAAACAGAAUCCGCAAAAUUAAAAAUUUUGCGCGCCAUUUAAUAAGAGAACUCUAAUUUGUCGGAAUCCGGUUGGGAUAUCCAAUUAGAGGGAAAAUAUUAAGCAGAAAACAAAAGUGUCCAUUCAGGUUAAGCAAUGGGUGUUAAGGGUAUCCAAUCCUAAAGUUAUCAGCUCUGAUUGGCUAGUCCCAAAUGAAGUGUGUGAAACUCCAAAAAUGUGUUCCUCAACCGGGUUGAGUUAACCCCUAUUGUAUUAUUGUAUAUUAUAGUCCUGAAGUAUCUAGUAUUAAAUAAACCAUGAGGGGAAAAGGAACAAUGGCAAGUUUUGCUCGUUCAACAUCAGCUCAUGGAAUACAUUGGUUAGCAGACAGUGGAUCUGCGGCGGAGAGAAUUCUUUGGAUUUUUCUUAUCAUUGGAGCUGUCGUUUUCUUUAGUGCUACAGCAUACAAUACAGUAGAGGAUUUUGUCUCUGAGCCUGGCUAUAGUACAACCCUGGGAUUUAAAUCCCUGUCUGAUGAAAAUGGAAACUUCGAAAUCCCAAAUAUUAUGAUCUGUGAUCCAUAUCCCUGGAAGGCGUCUGCUAUCAAAGCUCUGGGUGUUGAUAAUAUCAACCUAACCUCCUAUAUAUCCUACAUGCUAUUCCCGCAAUCCUCUACAGAAAUGAUCACUCUAAUGUCACGUGAUCCGACGAUCCUAGGGAAAAUCCACGCAGUGUAUCAUCAAGUGCUGAAGCAGUUUGACAAUAAUCCUUACACCUUGAUCGAGAACAUAACCGUUAAAUGCGAGGAUCUGGUCGCGGCGUGUAAUUUCGGGCUGGACGAACCAGUUUACCUGAAGAACUGUUGCGCCACUAUAUUUGGUCCCCCGAAGUACGUGACGGGACAUAAAUGUUUUUCAACCCUAGGAAAGUUAAAGAAAUUAAAGCCAACUGUUGGAGAAUUGUUUGCAUUGAAUAUGGCCCUGAGUGCACCUAUUAACGAUGAUAAACUGAUAGAUAUCCCAAUAGCCUCCUCAAAGGCAAUUUUGAAUCAUGGAUCAGGAUUGAGAAUAACAAUAGUUGACGAGUAUUCACAUCAUCAUUCAACAGCUCUCAACUUUUUAGAGAACCUUAGUCCUGAUACUGCAAACACUAUAGCUGUUACUAAAACCUAUAUUGAUAACACCAACAAAGCCCGGGAUAUCGAACCUGUGCAUUGUCAAACCUGGAUUGAAGAUGAAGAAAGAAAAAAGAAAAUAUAUAAUACUGAUGAAUGCGUUUACAAUCUUAUCCAGGAAAUAUAA